AUGGCCCCGCUGCCGCCACGGCCGCCGCCACCGCUGCUGCUGCUGCUGCUGCUGCUGCUGCUCGCGGACUCGGCCGCGCUCCCCGCCCUGCCCAGGGCCCAGCGACACUCGGACGGGACGUUCACCAGCGAGCUCAGCCGCCUGCGGGACAGCGCGAGGCUGCAGCGGCUGCUGCAGGGACUGGUGGGGAAGCGCAGCGAACAGGAGGCGGAGAACGGUACCGUCUGGCCGCAGCCUGCGGAGGGCCGGCUCUGCCUGCGGUGGUCGGACGUGCCGGCCCUGCAGGCCUGGUUGCUGGUACACUUCCUGUGCACCAAGGGCACAGAGGGCCUCCAAGGGAACCCCAAGAAACAGCCUUAA